CCCCUAUGUACCCUAAAGUCCCAUUUUUACUUCUUUCUCCGUUUGAAAACAAUACAAGUAGAUCCCACAACACCUCACCAUUUUCACACCAUGAAGAGAAGCUUUUCAGAUAGAUCAGAGGUUGAGAAUAGCUUUGCUCUGGCAAAUUGCUUGAUGCUCCUCUCACAGGGAGGAGGAAACAAAUACGAACAUGUCGUCGACAACAGCAUCCCUAGCCGGGUCUUCGAGUGCAAGACAUGUAACCGGCAGUUCCCUUCAUUCCAAGCUCUAGGAGGCCACCGGGCCAGCCACAAGAAGCCUAGGUUGACGGAGGGAGAUGGCAGCAUGGAGAACCAACCUCCGGCCAAGCCUAAGACACAUGAGUGUUCCAUCUGUGGACUCGAGUUCGCUAUAGGCCAAGCCUUGGGGGGACAUAUGAGGAGACAUAGGGCUGGCUUGAGUGAGAACAGCCACCAGCAUGGUCCUUUGAGUUUGUCUAAUAAGCCAGUAGUGAUGCCACCGAUUGUGAAGAAAUCAAACAGCAGAAGGGUUUUGUGCUUGGAUUUGAACUUGACUCCAUUGGAGAAUGAUUUGGAAUUGUUUAAGCUUGGCAAGGCAGCUCCACCAGCCAUAGAUUGUUUAUUCUAUGCUCUUCCUUCUACCUAGCUACAUAGUUUUUCUUUUUCUUUUGGGGGGGAGAAGAGUAGUUUCUUUCUUGUAUCAUUUGAUAUUUGUUCAUUAAUUUACAGAUAAAGAUAUAUAAUUAUUACAUUACUAUA